UUCUGCACCAGCCUUCGUCGGGGGUGGACGACUCUCUCUCUCGCCUGAGUAUCAGUGACAAAUUUUUCCCGUUCUCUCUGGGACGCUUGUCCUCAUCUAUUUAACCCGCCGGGCACUGUACAGGAGGGGCACCUGUUCAUCGGCUUAUUUUAGCCAGCUCCAUUUUUUUAGGCUCUGCGGAAAAUUGUUUAACGGUCUUUUGUGGGAAGCCGGUUACUGUACUCAGGUGGGAGUGUGGGCGUCCCUCUCUGCUGGGGCUUGACAAGGGCGUCCACCGGAUCUAAUUGGAAACUUCAAGUUUGUCUCUAUGUACAAAGGAACUUUUGUUCCAUUCCUCAAAUCGCGCAGCCUUGGACAACAAUUGUUUCUCGUACCAUCGAGAAGUCGGACUCGAUACAACGGAUGCUGUCAGUGGCCCUGAUAAACCCACAACAACAACAACACCUGUUUCCUGCUAACAUGCAACAUCACGUCCAGUUCCACCGACGACCACGGGCAUAAAUCACGUCGUCUUGCCAUUUGACCCCAACAACAGGCAACAUCACUCCAGUCCCACUGUUGACCACUGAAGAAAUUCAGAUACCACAUACAGCACAUUAAUGAUGGAUAACGACAAGCCAGAGGAGUGUAAUGUGUGUUUUAGCAACUAUGAUGAAGAACUACGACGGCCACGCACUCUGCUGUGUGGCCACACAUUCUGCACACAAUGUAUUGAAGAUACAAUAAAGAAUUUUCAACUAAUCUGCCCCAGCUGCCGUGCUGAGCACAGUGCCACAGCUGCUACUCAGUUCCCAAUCAAUUAUGGUAUGGAGGCUUUCAUUAAGAAAUUCAAAAGUAUGCAGGUCACAUCAGUGAGGGCACCAACAGCAAAACCUGGUCAAACUCGCACAAGAGGCAUCAGCAAGAAGUUACGGUCUAUGGUACAGGAACACAAGAACAGUAUCAAUAACCUUAUAAGUGAGUGUGAAGAAGUACUGUCCCAGCUGGGCAAGUACCAGGGGCAGGUGAGGGACUGGAAGACCCAGCACCACCAACUGCAGGACAGACUUUAUGAUCUGGUGGAGCAGAACAAAGCAGUAAUAGAGCUCUUGGAACAGCAGGAUACCAGUGUGUUGAAUAUGACAACAGAAGGAGAGACAGGAAAGAAGCAGCUGCAGACCAUGCUGGAGUGCCUCAAUACAGUCAACACUGUGAAGGAGGUCGUCACAACCAUUGAAGAAGUGGAUCAGUACAACAUGGAGGCUGAAGAUUGGAUCCAAAAGUGUCAGGAACUCUUCCCAGAUGUCAACACUGUCUGCACCUCAGUGAAGGUGCAGGAGACUAUCAAGAAGGCUCUGGACAUGAUGAUCACAGAGACAAGUACCACAGCUGUCCCCAUCAUCCUGGGAGACUGUGGCUUCAGCAUCAUGGAGAAAGUUAUGAGGAUCGUUGGUGAAAAUCCUCUGAAGAAGUUAACUGUUGAUGAUCUUCGUGGGAUGAGUGAAAGCAUCAAGAGGCUGGUGGAGGCUGGCCUGGUGUUGGCUGUCCAGCAAGACCAAGAUGACCUCUGCUACUCCAGGAUAACUUUACAAGAUGGUCAACUUUAUCUCCAUGCUCUCCAGCACCAACCACCACCCACCCACACCCACACCAUCCAGGUGACGGAGGUGAUGGAGGCACUAGAGUCGUCCUCCACGCUGGUAUUUAUUGACCUGGCUUGGCCUGGAUCACUCAGACGAAGACUCCACAUCCUGCUGGAUACUGACACCAUGAUGGCCAGACAGUUUGUGUUGCUGUGUACUGGACAGCAUCAGUCAGGCUCCUCGUACCUUAACACUAAACUGUUGAAAGUGUGGAACAAGGGUGAGCCAGGGGAGUGUGUGAUGGCUGGAGACUACCAGUAUAAUAAUGGUGAAGGAGGAGCACCACUACUGCCUCACCAGCGUGAUCACCAGUACCAGAAGUCAGGCAGUGCUGGUUCUGUGGUGUCACAGUAUUGGCCGUGGGGUGACCAGAGUGCACAGUUCUGCAUCACCACCAGGGACUUCACAGAUGGUGGCCAGUGGCCCCGUGUCUUUGGUAAGGUGCUGAGAGGCCUGGAUGUGGUGAGAGCAGUAGUCGACCACAGUGACAUCACAGAGGUGACUGUUGUAGACUGUGGUGUUGUGUUUACAUUCUAGUUCACUACCAACACUCCUGUGUUUCACCAUAACUGCAAUAGUGUCAACAGUUACUAUCACCACAGUGGUGUCACCACUACAGUGGUGUCACUGCAGUGGUGUCACCAUCACGACAGUGCCACCAUUAUGGUCAGCAUUAAUGGUCAUUAUUAUGGUCAAUAUUAAUGUUUGGUCAUUAUGUCUUGUGUAGCAUUUUCUGUGUGAUAUUCUUGUUUGCUUAUUUUCUUAGUGUAACUUUAAUGAACAAUUUUCAUGUUCAAUGUUUUAAGGUGGCUUUUAUGGUCAGUAUUCAUGUUUUGUUAAUAUUUUGUUUUGGAUGGAUUUUAUGGUCAAUAUUUUUUUUAUAUUACUAAAGUACUGUUAAGUCUUGUUGUACCUGGUCAUGCAAGAAAGCAGCUCAAGUGUAGUCAAUAUAACAUUGAUGAAUAAAAUGUUGAUCACA